UAAACCUUCGGAAUGUCCUCAAAAUAAAUAAUCAUUGUCAAAAAUUAAAUAAUUGUCCCAACACUCCAUGGCUCCCAAAAAGCAAAUUUCAAACCCCACUUGACACUUUCCCCUAUAUAUACUCCAUUCUUGCACCCAAAUUCCAAUCUCUCUCUCUCCUCCUUAUUUUUCACAUAAAGAAAUGACUCCUCCUGCUUCCUCUUCCUAUGACUCUCUCUUUCAAGACUUGUACUUCUCAAGAAGAUUGCUCAUGCAUGGCCCUCUUCACCAAACGCCAAACAUGGCAACUCCACCAUCAUAUGCCGGUAGCGCCCGUCAAGAACCUUACUCUCCUAGUGACAAUAGCUUUGACUCCAAUGUUGUGAUGGUCCUCUCGGUCCUAUUGUGUGCCCUAAUCUGCUCUCUAGGGUUGAAUUCCAUCAUCAGGUGUGCACUGAGGUGCUCUAGUUUGGUGUCCUCGGAGACGAAUGGCCGUAACGCAUCGGCUAGGCUAGCCAACACCGGGGUGAAGAAGAAGGCCUUGAAGACCUUCCCAGUCUUGAACUACUCACCGGAAUUGAAGAUGCCUGGGCUGGACACCGAGUGCAUAAUCUGCCUCUCCGAAUUCGCCGCCAACGACCGGGUCCGGAUCCUGCCCAAGUGCCAUCAUGGGUUCCACGUCCGGUGCAUUGACAAGUGGCUCAACUCGCACUCCUCGUGCCCAACCUGCAGGCACUGCCUAAUCGAGACGUGCCAGAAGAUCGUGGGCUGUGACAGCGUUCAAGCGAGCACUUCGGAACCGUCGCCGCUGCAGCUCGCUCCAGCAACUAUUCAGAUUGCCCUCGUGCCACUAGAGCCGGAAGGGCCAGUGCGCAAUUACCGCGGGUUAGCUAGCUAGGUAAGCCCAUAGUAGUUGUUAUCUCUUGUUAGGAAAAUGGUAGUUGGAGUUGGACAUUGUGGUGUAGAGAAUAUUAGCCAAAAAUGGUGGGUCACAAAACCCAACUAGGGAAAUAGCAGACAAGAUAAGUGCGUGUCCAUCAAAGUGCUGUUUUAGAUUCCCAUGUACAGGAGUUUGAGAUGAUGGCUUCUUUUGUUUGUUCUUCUUCGACGUUUAAGAGCAUAUUCUGCUUGAAAUCGAUCGAGCUCCAUUUUUCUCUC